AUCACUGUAGCAACCUUUGUUUGAAGUUACAACAAUCGAAGUCGGCACAUAAAUACUUGGCAACGCUGAAAGGAUAUCAAACAAACUACCAUUAUUAUACGAAUAAUGUCGCUAGUCUAUAUCACCCAUCACGAUGAGAACAUUGUCGGGUGUGAGCACGAUUUUGAGAAGGCAGCGGGACCCAAGGAAUCUAUAUUUGUCUACAAAAAUCCUGUUGUGGAGAAGGCAGCUAAAUAUGCCAGAAAACUUCGCGAACGCAUGAACGAAGAGGACAAGAAGUUAUCGGUUAUCUUGCAGAACGAUGGCACUCGCAUCUUGACGGAGGCCAAGAAAUCUCUGCAUCGCACGAUGGGCUGUGCCCACACUCCGAUUGAUCCACCGUGCGCCUUUUUGCGUAAAAAUCAGGGCGUCAAGUGGCGGCGGGAGAAAAACCACCAGUGUCCAAAGAUGCCACCAAUGCCCCCACUUCCCCCACCAGGAAGUGGCGGCCACAAGUCGACCAUGGCGCCCAAUUUCAUCAAACGUAAUAAGUUAUGCGCAGCUCAGACAAUUCCCUGUCCCCCGCCACCUCGCUAUGUUGACACGCCUGCGGGAACUCGUCACAAUCUAUUGAAUUCCGGAUUGAUUCCGCAAUUUAUCUGUCGAAAGGAUUUCGGUAAGGUACCAAUUUACCUGAAGAAAACCAAGAGAAUGCUCGCCGACAUGAACGCAGUGUGCGCCAAGGAACAGGCACGUUUACUCGAGCUGUGCCGUGGGAUUAAGGGAUUCACCAAGACCUCCGUAGACUUGAGUGGUCCGCCGCAAGUGCCUGGAAUGCGGGUGAUGGAACAGCCGGAGCGCAAUGAGAUCCUCGAGGGCCUUCGCUUGAGCUUGACCGACAUGACCAAGCAAUAUCAGUCCAUGUCACUGCUUAUAGACAGCAUUGCCAAGCGUCAGCGCAAGAGCAAGCUGGAGUCCGAUCUUCGGCAAGUGGAGCAGGACAUUCUGCUGAUUGAGACAACGCCCAUUAUUUACGUAUCAGAGUAUUAGACAUUAAUUCAUAUUUCUUUUCGUCCUUGUGUGCCAGCAUCUGGUAGCCGAGCAAGGUGUCUUUUUGGAUACGCUUGCUCCGCUCUUAGAGGCGGACACACGAGAAAAACUUGGUAGUUAAGGUUGAGAAUAAAUUUGACGUUUAUGCAGUUA